GCAGUGCAAAGCAGGAAGGAGUCAUGCAAUAGGAACAGUGGAGCUUCGUUUAUAAACAGUGAAUAUUUCCCACCCGUCUGAGACCGGCAUUCUCAGCAGAACGUGUCUGAUGUUUGACUUCCCAAGGACCUGAAGAGGAGAAUCUCAAGCAGACAGGCUCCAGCUCAGCGGCUAACUCCGCUCAAACAGCCAUGUACAGCGGAAGCUAUCCACAGACCAAGUUCGCUCUGGACGCAAAGAAAAUGCACAAGUCCAAAGGAAAGAGCUGUGGCUACUACUGGCGCAUCAUCUUCUUCUUCAGCUCACUGAUCCAGUCGCUGAUCAUCGUGAGCCUGGUGCUGUUCAUGGUGUACGGGCAUCCGGAGCAGUCGUCAGAGGAAAAGCGGGCGCAGGACCUGCAGCAAAGCUUCACGCAGCUCACCGCCGAAAACAAGCAGCUGCAGCAGCUGAAGAGCAACCUCACGCGGCUGCUCAACACCACCCUCACCAAGAAGCUGAAGGACGACCAGGACCUGCACAGACUGCGCAGACUUGCCAACGUGUCCACUGCCACCAUCCUCAAUUUCAACACCAAACUGUACAUGUGUGAGAUAGAGAAAAGGAACAAAGCGCCUGUGCUUCCCGCAGCAUGCCCCGGGAGCUCGAACCCUAGCACCAGCAGCCAGCUCAUUCAGCGGCAGGCCAUGUACAGACUCCUGGAAGCCAACUUCACCCAGACUGUGCAGCACCUGAGCCGGGACCUGGAGCUGGCCAACCGGGCGCGGGACAGCCUGACGCUGGAGGCCAUCAGCCUGCGCAGGAACUCCUCUGACCUGCAGCGCCAGCUGGACGCCUAUGGCAGGAAGUGCAAGGGCGACUUCGUCCAAUCACUGGACGGCAUCCAGACGGUGACUCGCGCCUUCAUGACCCGGAUUGAUGGCCUGUUCCCAGUCGUGUUCCCCUUCCAGCUCACCUGCGAGAAGCAGAAGGAGCAGCUGGACCAGAUCCGCAGCAACUGCAGCAGCCUGUCGCGUGAGGUGGAGACCAAGUUCCAGAGCUACCUGGACAGCGUGGGCUCGCAGGUGUCGCGGAUCCAGGCCGAGAGCAGCCGGCUGAAUGUGCAGAACGCGCGGCUGCAGGAGGACCUGCGCUGGAGCCGGCAGAACCGCACGGCCGAGGCCGCGCUCAGCCGCAGGAGGAGCCAGGAGGCGCAGGACAGGUACGAUAAGGAGCUGGAGCGCCUGCUGAAGGAGCAGAGCAAGCUGAGAAAUGAGAAUGAGCUUCAGAAACACGGCAUCGCUGUGAAGAGCAGCGAGAUCAGCCUGCUCACCAACCAGGUCCUCAACCUCAACCAGUCACUCAGAAACUGCAUCCCCAAGCCGGCUUCCCCCAAACUGCCAGGGCUGCUACCCGGCAGCGCUGGAACAGGAGGGACUUUCCCAGUUCUAACCAAACCAGGACUGGGAGGAACAGGAAUUAAUUUUCUGGGACUAACUAAACCAGGAUUGAAUGUACCAGGAAUUGGAGGAACAGGGAUGAAUUCACAGGGGAUGAAUGUUCCCGGAACGACUUCAGGCUUUAAUAUUGAUCUUCAGAAGCACUUAAAGGAGCUCCAGGAAAUGGCAAACAAGGACUCUGGUGUCUCUGGGUAAUUCCAGGGAAGAGAGGAGACUGCCACACUGCCAGCUCUAAUCUACAGCCUUCUGGAACUUUAUGAGCAUAUGAAGAGGACACACUCAUAACUGUCCUGUUGCUUUCCCUGUGUACACGCAUUUAAAGCUGCCAUAGACCGCUCAGACCAAUUAACCACCAGCACCUUGUAAACAGCAAUGUAUGGGAUGUAUAUACAUUCAUAAAAAAUAAAUAUAUUUUAUGGGAA